AUGGCCAGGAACCAGAAGACGAAUGCCCGCCACGCGCGUACGACUUCCUGGUCGAGUGGCUAUCUAACGCACGCCCCCGGCGAAUCCUCCGAGAACCCGCAACGCCGCCGCCGCGAGUCCAACCACUCCCUCGCCAGUGUUGAAGAAGGCCCCUCCUCCCCCGACUCCGAUCCCGCCGAUGAUACAAUGCUAAGGAACACUUCGAUGGAUAUGGGUGGUGACCGCAAAGCCCAGCAUGUGCGCAGUCGCUCUAUCAGUCAGGGCGCCGUACUGGCCCUCCAGGAGGCCGAAAUUCCCGCUGUUCCUGUCAAGCCUGCGCCUGUGACGUGGAUGUCACUGCCGCGAAAGGGUCAAUUGGCGCUGCUGGGACUCUGUCGGGUCUUUGAUUUCUUGCAGGUCGCAUCGUUGCAGGCGUACAUGUUUUAUCAGCUCAAGUCUUUUGAUGAGAAUCUCUCCGACUCCGAUGUUGCGACUCAGGCGGGUAUUCUCCAGGGUGCAUUUACCGCCGCCCAGUUUGCGACGGCUAUUCCCUGGGGUCGGGUUGCUGAUGCCGAAUGGGGUGGUCGGAAGUUCGUUCUGCUUGUUGGUCUGGUUGGCACUGCUGUGUCGUGUUUGGGUGUUGCCUAUUCGACGUCAUUCGCGCAGGCUGUGUUCUGGCGCUCGUUUGGUGGUGCUAUCAACGGUACUGUCGGUAUCAUUCGGACUAUGAUUGCCGAGAAUGUCAAGGAGAAGAAGUACCACUCGCGUGCUUUCUUGAUUCUGCCUAUUGGAUUUAAUGUGGCCUCGUUGUUUGGCCCUGUCAUGGGUGGCAUGUUGGCCGAUCCCGUCAAGAGCUAUCCCCGUCUCUUCGGUCCCAAUUCGUCUUUCGGAGGUGAGAAUGGUGUGCAGUGGCUAGAGAAGUACCCCUACGCACUUCCUAUGUUCGCCAACUUCUGCUUCCUCUCCUGCACUGCUGCCCUCGUGGCAUAUGGACUGGAGGAGACCCUCCUAUCCUGCAAGGGCAAGCCCGGUCUGGGCUCAUUUGCCAUGAAGCUCUUUGCGCGCAGUGUGAAGACUGUCGUUCCCUCCUCCUCGACCUUGUACACACGACUUCCGUUCCGCGACUAUGAUGAGGACGGACCUCUGUUGGGCCGUGGCCUGGAACGCGCGGAAAGCUACGAGCUUGAAGAAAAGGCACACAAGCCUGUCCGCCUCCAACGUGUGUUGCCUUUCCGCCGAAUCUGGACUAAGAACGUCUUGUGUACACUCGGAGCACAGGCUUUCUUCGACUUCCAAAUGGGUGCCUUCAACAACCUCUGGCUCCUAUUCCUGUCUACUCCUCGCUACGAUGCCAAUGACCCUGCCAGCCCCGCCCAAAGCCUACCUUUCAUCUUCACUGGAGGACUGGGUAUGCUACCGCAGAGUGUCGGCUUUGCGACUGCCAUCCUGGGUGUGAUUGGCAUGUUCCUUCAGUUCACCAUCUACCCUUCCAUCAACGGCCGCCUGGGCACAGCCAAGAGCUACCAAUACUUCCUCUCUCUCUUCCCGGUUGCAUAUUUCAUUGCGCCAUACAUCUCUCUGGCUCCCUCCUCCAUCCCCCCACCUGGCCAAGCCAACGGUCCCUGGGUUUGGUUCUGGAUUAUCAUCGUUCUUUUCUUCCAGGUCACCGCCCGAACAUUCACCCUCCCAACCUCGAUCAUCCUGCUGAACAACUGCUCGCCACAUCCCUCGGUCCUCGGUACAAUCCACGGCAUCGGCCAGUCAGUCUCCUCCGCCUUCCGAACCAUUGGCCCUAUCUUCUCAGGUGCCUGGUAUGGUUAUGGUCUGGAUAUCGGCAUGGUCGGCUUUGCUUGGUGGUUGAUUGCCUUGGUCUCCGUGUUUGGCUGUGUGGCUGCCAUCUUCGUCUACGAAGGCUCUGGGCAUGAGCUUCUCCUCCCCGGCGAGGAAGAUGAGAUCGAGCAUGCCCAUUAG